CUUCUGGAACCUUCUGGACUUGGUUGAACACAUGCCCACAUUGGUCCUUCGACUAAAGUGCAGGAUACUCAAUAUGAUAAAUUUAGAUGGCUAAGCGCCAAUCUCUACAAGGAUGCCAGGGAAUGUGUGCGCUUGUGUGUAUUGAUUUGUUCUGGUUGCGUGAUUCCCCACAGGUCCAUGUAGGUGAAUCUUGGGGACAUGGAGUUCUUGAUCAAACAGGCCACCAUGAAGAUCCUGCUCGCUACCGUCCUGUGCCUGUGCCUGGCCUCAGUGUGGGCUGACCACCAUGGCAUCCUUCCAGCGAUCCCAGACCGCUGUCUGGGUCUGGAGCUGGACGCCGUGACGGUCAGCGAGGAGGACGUGCCUCUCUUCAUCAAGGGUCACUACCUGUUCAAGGGUUUCCACGGCAAAGCGGAGCUGCUCAACGGUUCUUUCCCCGAGUUGUUCCACCACGAUGAGCCGCACCACAUCGAUGCUGCUUUCCGGAUGCACUUCGAAAAUAGCUCAGACCACGACCACAUCUUUAUCUUCGUGGGCCACCUGGUGUAUUCCUUCUACAAGCACAGGUUGGAAAUAGGUUUCCCAAAGAACAUUUCCGAAGUUUUCCCGGGCAUCCCAGACCACCUGGAUGCCGCCAUUGGGUGUCCCAAGCCAGACUGUGACGCGAACGACGUCAUCUUCUUCAAGGAACACAAAAUCUACCACUUCAAUGUGGACAACAGAACCGUGGUAGACAAGGACUUCGAGACCAUGCCCAACUGCACGGCCGCCUUCCGCUACAUGGAGCACUACUACUGCUUCCAUGGCCACCAGUUCUCUAAGUUUGACCCCAAGACCGGUGAGGUCCACGGCAGAUACCCUAAGGAGGCCCGUGACUUCUUCAUGAGGUGCUCUAACUACAGCGCGGAAACUGACAUCGUGGAGCGUGAGAGAUGCAGCCACGUUCACCUGGAUGCCAUCACCUCGGACGACGACGGGAACUUGUAUGCUUUCAGAGGUCAUCAUUUCCUGCAGAGAGACGGCAACAACGACACGGUGAAGGCCGACGCCAUUGAGGCCUCCUUCAAGGAACUUCACAGCGAGGUGGAUGCCGUCUUCUCCUACGAGGACCACCUCUACAUGUUGAAGGACAAUGACCUGUAUCUGUACAAGAUCAGCGAGCCACACACACUUUUGGAUGGUUACCCCAAAACCGUGAAGGAGGUCCUGGGUCUGGAGGGUCCCAUCGACGCCGCCUUUGUUUGUCAAGAUGAGCACAUUGCUCACAUCAUCAAAGGUGAUCACAUCUACGACGUGGAUCUGAAGGCCUCCCCUCAUGUGGCCGCCAACGAGCGUCCAUUGUCUUUGAUCAAAAAGGUGGACGCAGCCAUGUGCGACCCUCAUGGAGUGCGUGUGAUCGUAGGAAACCACUUCUACCACUUCGAUACCCUCAAGCUGUUUGUGGGAGCCCGGUCCAUCCCGGAGCAGCACCGAGUGUCCAUUGACCUCUUCGGCUGUGACCACUGAAGGCUGGAACGCCACCGUCUGGACUGACUAACUGACAAACAUAUCUGAUGAGUUCAGAGGGAGUUAGCGCCAAUGAGUGGAUGAUUUUGUUCACUACUGUUGUCAAUAAAGUUUAGCAG